UCGGCGCGGUGGUUCCCCUGUGUCUGCUAGCAUGUAGCUUACUGCUAGCCUUCCUCGCGCUCAUUGAAUGAGAAUCUUGAUUAAUUUAUGUGAUGAUUAGUUAAAAAUAGACCAUUUAAAAUGGCCCUCUCAAUGGAAACGCAGCUACAGAGCAUCUUUGAAGAUGUUGUGAAAACCGAGAUGAUAGAGGAAGCUUUCGCUGGGAUGUUUAUGGACACUCCAGAAGAUGAGAGGACUAAACUAAUCAGCUGUCUGGGAGCCUUCAGACAAUACUGGGGGACACUACCACAGGAGUCUCAUGAACAGUGUGUACAAUGGAUUGUUCGCUUCAUACACAGCCAGCACAGUCCUAAAAGGAUCUCUUUUCUCUAUGAUUGUCUGGCAAUGGCUGUGGAGACCAGUCUGUUAACACCGAGGAUGGUGUGUGUUGCUCUGAUAAGUUCGGACAGUUUGGAGUGGGAAAGGACGCAGCUGUGGGCGCUAACAUUUAAACUGAUUCGCAAGAUCAUUGGAGGGGUGGACUACAAGGGUGUUCGAGACUUGCUUAAAGCUGUACUGGAUAAAAUUCAAACCAUCCCUACUACAGUCAGCUCAGCAAUAGUCCAACAACUUCUGGCUGCAAGAGAGGUUGUGGAAUACAUCCUGGACAGAAAUGCAUGCCUUCUGCCAGCUUACUUUGCCAUCAAUGAAAUCAGAAAAUUAUAUCCAGAGGGGCAGCUAUCACACUGGCUUCUUGGUAGUUUGAUUUCAGACUUUGUGGACAGUUUCAGACCUACAGCAAGGAUCAACUCCAUCUGUGGUCGGUGCAGCUUGUUACCUGUUGUGAACAACAGUGGGGCCAUCUGUAAUUCCUGGAAAUUAGACCCCACCACUCUUCGCUUCCCUCUCAAAGGGAUGCUCCCUUAUGACAAGGACCUGUUUGAACCACAGACCGGCCUCCUUCGUUAUGUGUUAGAGCAACCAUAUUCAAGAGAGAUGGUGUGCAACAUGUUAGGACUCAACAAACAGCAAAAGCAGCGCUGCCCGGUGCUGGAGGAGCAGCUAGUGGACCUUGUGGUGUACGCCAUGGAGCGCUCCGAGACCGAAGAACACUUUGACGCCGAUAUUGGAGGAACAAGCCAGCUACUGUGGCAGCACCUCUCCUCCCAACUCAUCUUCUUUGUGUUGUUUCAGUUUGCAAGCUUCCCACACAUGGUCCUCUCGUUACACCAGAAGCUUGCAGGUAGAGGCCUCAUCAAAGGGAGAGAUCACCUGAUGUGGGUCUUGCUACAGUUCAUAUCAGGAAGUAUUCAGAAGAAUGCCUUAGCCGACUUCUUGCCUGUUAUGAAGCUGUUUGACCUGCUCUACCCUGAAAAAGAGUGCAUACCAGUUCCUGACAUCAACAAACCUCAGUCAACUCAUUCCUUCGCUAUGACCUGUAUUUGGAUCCACCUGAACCGCAAAGCUCAGAACGACAACUCUAAACUGCAGAUACCCAUACCACAUUCUCUGAAACUGCACCACGAGUUUCUUCAACAGUCUCUGCGUAACAAGACUUUGGGCAUGUCCGACUACAAGAUCGCCCUGCUAUGUAACGCCUACAGCACUAACUCUGAGUGCUUCACUCUACCGAUGGGCGUCCUGGUGGAAACGAUCUACGGAAACGGAUCUAUGAGGAUCAACCUACCUGGCACCAACUGCAUUGCAUCAGGAUCAGUCACUCCACUACCCAUGAACCUGCUGGAUUCACUCACAGUGCAUGCAAAGAUGAGUCUGAUCCACAGUAUCGCCACUCGAGUAAUAAAGCUGGCCAGCACCAAAUCUAGCCAGGCCCUGGCUCCUGCACUGGUGGAAACGUACAGCAGACUGUUGGUCUACAUGGAGAUCGAGUCUCUGGGCAUCAAAGGAUUCAUCAGCCAGCUGCUUCCCAACGUGUUUAAGUCUCAUGCGUGGGGAAUUCUUCACACAUUACUGGAGAUGUUCAGCUACAGGAUGCACCACAUCCAACCACACUACCGAGUCCAGCUGCUGAGCCAUCUGCACAGUCUGGCUGCCGUGCCCCAGACCAACCAGAAUCAGCUGCAUCUAUGUGUGGAGAGCACAGCUCUGCGGUUGAUCACAGCUUUGGGGAGUUCAGAGGUGCAGCCCCAAUUUACCCGCUUCCUCAAUGACCCAAAGACAGUUCUGUCAGCAGAGUCUGAAGAGCUGAACCGAGCGCUGAUCCUCACACUGGCCAGAGCUACACAUGUCACUGAUUUCUUCACAGGGUCUGACUCCAUCCAUGGCACCUGGUGUAAAGAAAUCCUUCAGACCAUUAUGAACUUCACGCCUCAUAACUGGGCCUCACACACACUGUCCUGCUUCCCCGCCCCUCUCCAGGCAUUCUUCAAGCAGAACAACGUUCCUCAGGAGUCACGUUUCAACCUGAAAAAGAACGUGGAGGAGGAAUACAGGAAGUGGAAGUCUAUGACCAAUGAGAAUGACAUCAUUACACACUUUUCCAUGCAGGGCUCGCCUCCCCUGUUCCUGUGUCUGCUGUGGAAGAUGCUGCUGGAGACAGACCACAUCAACCAGAUAGGCUUUAGAGCUGUGUCAUGGAAUUUAUCCUUCAGAGUCCUGGAGCGAAUCGGUGCUCGUGCACUCGUGGCUCACGUGCGAACAUUUGCAGACUUUCUUGUCUAUGAGUUCUCCACAUCAGCUGGUGGACCUCAGCUCAACAAAUGCAUUGAAAUGCUGAAUGACAUGGUCUGGAAAUACAACAUUGUCACCCUGGACAGACUCAUUCUGUGUCUGGCGAUGCGUAGCCAUGAGGGCAACGAGGCUCAGGUUUGUUACUUCAUCAUCCAGCUGCUGCUAUUGAAACCCAACGACUUCAGGAACCGAGUCAAUGAUUUUGUUAAGGAGAAUGCCCCUGAGCACUGGCUGCAAAGCGAUUGGCACAACAAGCAUAUGAGCUACCACAAGAAAUACCCCGAGAAGCUGUACUUUGAGGGACUUGCCGACCAAGUCAACCCUCCCAUGCAGCUCCAGUCUCAGUACCUGCCCAUCUACUUUGGCAACGUGUGCCUUCGCUUCCUGCCUGUCUUUGACAUCGUCAUCCAUCGCUUCCUGGAGCUCAUCCCUGUCUCCAAGUCACUGGAGACGCUGCUCGACCAUCUGGGGGGGCUUUACAAGUUCCAUGACCGCCCAGUCACGUACCUGUACAACACACUUCACUAUUAUGAGCGACAUUUGAGAGACAGAACCAAUCUGAAGAGGAAACUGGUUCACGCCAUCAUGUCCUCAUUAAAGGACAAUCGCACACCUGGUUGGUGCCUCAGUGAGACUUACCUGAAGUUUGGCAUGAACCCCCGAGAGGACAAUGUGUGGACUCCUGAUGACACUUACUACUGCAAGCUGAUUGGGCGCCUUGUGGACACCAUGGCUGGAAAGUCCCCUGGUCCUUUCCCCAACUGUGACUGGAGAUUUAACGAGUUCCCCAACCCUGCAGCCCAUGCCCUACAUGUCACCUGUGUGGAGCUCAUGGCUUUGGCUGUUCCUGGCAAAGAUGUGGGCAAUGCUUUGCUCAAUGUUGUGUUGAAAAGCCAACCCCUGGUUCCCAGAGAGAACAUCACAGCCUGGAUGAACGCCAUCGGACUUGUGAUAACUGCUCUUCCUGAGCCUUACUGGAUUGUUCUCCAUGACCGCAUCUUGUCAGUGAUCAGCUCUCCAGCACUGACGUCAGAGACGGAGUGGGCAGGUUAUCCAUUUGCUCUGCUGGACUUCACAGCCUGCCAUCAGAGCUACAGUGAAAUGAACUGCAGCUACGUGCUAGCAUUAGCACACGCUGUGUGGCAUCAUUCAUCCAUUGGACAGCUGUCUCUCAUUCCCAAAUUUCUGUCAGAGACACUGAAGCCCGUUGUCCAGACAGAAUUUCAGUUGCUCUACGUGUAUCACCUGGUAGGACCGUUCCUGCAGCGCUUCCAGCAAGAGAGGACACGAUGCAUGCUGGAGAUUGGUGUUGCCUUCUAUGAGAUGCUCCAGGCGGUGGACCAGCACUGCCAACAUCUGAGCUACAUGGACCCAAUCUGUGACUUCCUCUAUCACAUCAAAUACAUGUACACUGGAGACAGUGUGAAGGAGCAGGUGGAGAAAAUCAUCAUGACUCUACGUCCGGCCAUGAAGCUGCGUCUACGCUUCAUCACCCACAGCAGCCUGACAGAGACCUCAUCAUCAGCUGCCAGUGCCGCUGCAGCAGCUGCUGCUGUUGCAGCUGCUUCCUCUGCCCCCUCCUCCUCUUCCACCACCCCUCAGACCACCACCUCCUCUUCGAUGUCUGCGUCCACUGCUGCCGCCUCACCCUCUUCCUCCCAGCAUGCACACACCCCCAUGUAGGUUAGCACACAGGUGCCAUCAUGGAGUUGGACAUCUACACAGGAUAGCAUCACAGACGUUAUUGUGUUGAGUUUUCAAAACAUUUUGCCACAAUUGUGCUCUACAGAAAGCUGGACGUAUUUUUCAUUGAUGAUUCUUCUGAGUGCACUAUGAACUGUCUUUUUCUAAAACCUCAGCUUGUUACAACAGGCUUAUUUUGUUGUGAAACUAAAGAGUUGACUUUAAAAAUUCAGAGGAAAUCACAUAAAUUGCUUUUGUACUAACAAAGCAGUCCAACCAUAUUGUACAAAGAACAUUUAGAAAGGUCACAUUGACACAACAUGUCUCCUUAGAAGUAAAGCAUAUUUUGAAUGUUUCUGUUAGUAAGUUGUCACUUUUAUACUGUACAUUAUCGUCAAAACAUUAAAAAGAUUUUGAUUAUC